GCUGACUUCACGGUUUUACCAUAGAAACGGCCUUUCUGUUGUCAACCUGCUCUCUAUGGUAGGAAGUCUCCGGGCGCCGCCAUCUUGGAGGAGGCAGCUGCUGCUGGACCCUGGUGUGCGGCUGAUAUCUACCGAUAAUGUCCACGUUGUUCCCGUCUCUGUUCCCGCAAGUCACGGAGUCCUUGUGGUUUAAUCUGGACAGACCCUGUGUAGAUGAGAAUGAGUUACAGCAACAGGAGCAGCAGCAUCAGGCGUGGCUCCAGAGCAUAGCCGAGAAAGACAACAAUUUGGUGCCGAUCGGCAAACCGGCCUCAGAGCCUUACGACGAGGAAGAAGAGGAGGAUGACGAGGAUGACGAAGACAGCGAAGAGGACUCUGAGGAUGAUGAGGAUAUGCAGGACAUGGAUGAAAUGAACGAUUACAACGAGUCUCCCGAUGACGGGGAGAUCAUGGUGAGGACGUGAGCGCUGAUAUGGAGGGAGCUGAACAGGACCAAGACCAAUGGAUGAUCUGAGGAGCCCAAGGCCACUAAAGUGUACGGACCGUGGUCAGCCAGCCUGUAAAUAACAUGGCGGGAAGAGACCGUCGAGUCCUGACACUUCUGCAUAACACAGAAUGUGAUGGCCGGCGGGUUCGUUUUACACGGAGGGGGAACGCUGGGAAUUUGGGCUCUGACUGCGUCGCUUGUAAUUUAUUUGCGUC